AUGGCCCAACAGCCUUUAUCCUCGGCGGCCCAGCCCACCGACAUCUACGGUGGAGAUGAGGUUUCUGCUCUCGUUCUCGAUCCUGGAUACUGCAAUACACGCGCCGGAUGGGCAGGCGAAGAUGUCCCCAAGUCCAUUCUGCCGUCCUUUUACGGCCACUCGACGGCUACUCCGCCCCAGAACUUCUUUGGUGACGAGCGUCUAAUUCCCCGCGCCGACUUUGAGAUUCGCAACUACAUGAACAAGGAUAGCGUUGUCGAGGAUUGGGAUGUCGCGCCGAAGAUCUGGGAGCACAUGCUCAUCAACCGACUACAGCCCGACAAGCAGACGCCACCGUCAAAGAACGGUCUCAAUGAUGACCCCAAGGAGAAGACCCAGGACGGCGAGGGUGACGUUGCCAUGGAAGAGACAGAGAAUCAGGAAAUCGAAAAGUUGCUCCAGGAGAACCCUCUCCUUGUGACGGAGGCGCCUUGGAAUACCCCCAAAGCACGAGAGAAGACCACCGAGGUCAUCAUGGAAACAUGGGGUUGCCCAGCGUUUUGGCUCAGCCGCACACCGGUGCUCUCAGCAUUCGCCGCGGGUAAGGCGACGGCGUUGGUUAUCGAUGUCGGUGGCGCGAAUACUUCAGUGGCCGCUAUCCACGAUGGAAUGGUUCUGAAGCGAUCGAUCCAGAAGUCUCCCAUUGGCGGUCUCUGGUUGUCCUCUCAGAUACGCAGCCUGUGGGAAACAUCGGAACCCAAGGUUACUCUCACCCCAACCUAUAUGGUGGAAAACAAGACCCCAGUAGAUGCUCUGGCUCCUGUUCAGGCCCGUCUGCGACAGUUCCCCUACCAAAUCCACAGCUCAUUCCGGGCAUACGAGGAGGAGCGUGUAUUGACAGAGUUCAAGGAGUCGGUCGUAGAGGUCUGGAACAAGCCUGGACGUCUCAACUCGCCAGGAAAUGAAGAUUUCGCCAAGACACUCCCUGGCCGCGUAUUCGAGAUGCCCGAUGGAUGGAACCAGAUGUGGCGCGAGCAGCGAUUCAAGCUCACCGAGGGCCUGUUCGAUGAGACAGCCGGCUAUCCCCUGCCCGAGGAGGAGCGUGUGGGUAAGAACCAAACCAUUCCUGCUCUUAUCCGUGCUGCCCUGGAGGCUGUCGAUGUUGACUUGCGGGGCAACCUGCUUGCCAACGUUGUCGUGACCGGCAGCACUACCCUGAUCAAUGGCUUCAACGAUCGUCUCCAGAAUGAACUGGCGGCCAUGUAUCCCGGAAUGAAGAUCAAGAUCCACGCUGCCGGUUUGACGAGCGAGAGACGGUUCGGUGCCUGGAUCGGCGGCAGCAUCCUUGCAAGCCUGGGCACUUUCCACCAAAUGUGGAUCUCUCGAAAGGAGUACGAGGAGAAUGGCCCGGGCAUUGUCGAGAAGAGGUGUAAGUAA